UACUCCUCGCGCGCGCGCGUGCCUGAGGCUUCCCCCUCUUCCUCCCCCUCCCCCUGCCCCCUUCUUCGCACCCUACCCCGCGAGAGAUGUCCCUGUCCAUCUCCACGGCCCCCCUGUCGCCGGGGUCCUCGUCCUCGCCGACGACCCCGGGGGCUGCGGUGGCGGCGACCGGAUCUCCCUUCCCCGACUCGGUGACCUCGCCCCUGCUGGCGCGGCCCCCCUUCCCUCACACGCCACACCGCCAUGACUCCGAAUCCGAGGAUGAGGUGGUCCCGAUGACGCACCAGCCCUUCCUCCCGCGAGGCAACGUCAGCAACCUCUUCCGCAAGGUCAACAGCCUGCCGGAAUGGUGCGCCGUCAGUCCGGCGGUGGCCAACACCUUCAGUGAGCUGGCCGACCGGUCGCUGGAUUCGCUCAUGCGCACGGCGGCCGAGCUGGACCUGGCCACCAUUUCGGCCCCCCCGAUGCCACAGGCUCUCGGAUCGGCUUCCUCGCCGCCGGUCAUCGCGGCGGUGGCCUCGCCGCUGAUGGUGGCCCUGGCCAAGCUGAUCCCGCCGGAUGACAGCCGGCUGCUGUACGACGCGGACCAGCAUGCGCACCGCCUGCGCGCGGCCGGCACUCCGAUGUCCGGGCUGUCGGUCAAUCCGGAUGUCUUGCGCCGGACCGCCGGCGAGUAUGACAUCGGCUGGAUGGUCAAGCCGAACCCGGUGCACCGGUCCGACCACCCGGGCGCGCCGCCCAACGCCGAGGCCGCCGACGCCGUCCUGGCCCUGGUUUGCGCGUGUUUGGAGUCGGUCUUGCUCAAGUUGAUCCGGGUCAUUGAGACCAACGUCUCGCCGAGUGCCCGCGGCCCGGCCUGCGGCGCGGAGAGCUCCUCCGGCCACAUCAUGAUCACCAGCGAGCUUGUGACCGAUACCCUCUCCUCGCGGACCGAGAUGAAGGCCCUCUUUGCCCGCCCACACGAUGCGGCCGCCGGUGACAACACGGUCAUCCUCAAGGUCCAGGUGUUCACGCCGGUCAACCCCGGUGCCGGGGCCGGCCCGACGGCCUCCGGCCCGGCACCCACCCUCGCCAGCCAGGCUGGCAGCAACGCCUCGCUCGGGUCCAUGUCUUCAAUGCUGGGCGCCACGGCGAGUGCCGCAGCCCAGUCCCUCCUGACCAUCCGUUUCAACAAUGACGAGAUCAUCGGCGAUGCCAUCUCCCAGCUGAAGCGUAAGCUGGGCCCGGCCCUGCUGGGCGGCGGCAUGACCACCUCGCCGGCCCAGCUGGACGACCUGGCCUACUGCUUUUAUGUGCCGAACUUGACCAACCCGGCGGCCCGCCACGAUGCCGGCAUGCCGGACACCCGGCGCUUUUCCACCCUGUCCAGUGUGUCGGGGGCCGCCCUGGCAGCUGCCCAUGCCGAGGCCAACGCCACCCCGAAGGACCAGCUGGACUACGGGUACUUCCUGGACCCGAAGAAGUCUUUCUCCGAGUACCCGGGGAUCCGGAAUAACACCGUGGUCGAAUUCCGGCCCGACUCGCGCAUCCUCACUGUCCUGCUGAAUGAGAACAGCAUCAAGGAGUUCCGCGUGGCGGAAACCGCCCCGAUCGAGGACAUCCUCAAGACCAUUGCUGCCACCAUUGGCCUCGUCAACACCUCGCGCUUCGGCCUGAUCAUCGGCCGCACGGCGGACGACAUGUACGGUGGCUCGCGCAACUACCAUGCCGGAGAUGGGGCCUCUCCGACGCCGGGCACUCCGGCUGCCGCGCCUGCCGGGAAUGCCGGCACCCUGCGCAUGAAAUCGCGCCGCCACACGUCGGCCCUGCACCUCUUCGGCACCAUGGGCCGGUCUCAGGCCGGCGAGAACAAGCGGCCGAGCUUGGACUCGGCCUUCGGUGGGCCCGGGGCCGGGGGCGCCGGGGCCGGGGACCAGGGCGCCGGCGAUGACGAUUCGCAGUUCAGCCGGCGGAGCUCCACCGGGUCCUACUUGACGAUGCCCAACCGCGGGAGCGCCGGCAACAAGGGCACCCUGACCAAGAAGACCAGUCUCCUGGCGGCGGCCAUGACCAAUGUCAAUGUGCAGCUGUCCCUCUCGGACGAUGGGGACUCCUUCAUCGAAACGACCGACCGGUCGGAGUAUCUGUCUCUGUCACACACCCUUCGUGGGCAGGGCUGCCCCGACUCGGACCUGAUCCUGCUGCUGGUCCGGCAGAAGAUGAUGCAGUCCUUCUCCGAGCGGGCCGAAGAGGGGCCAGGCAAGCUGGCCGACGAACUGCGCCGGCGUGCCGAGGAGCUGGAGCGCGAAUUCUCCAAGCUCGUGAGCGAGGCCGAGCCGCUGACCAUCGAGGGGGUUGUCCCGGGUGGCAUGGGCGACGGGUCGUCACACCAGUCCGCCGUGGAGGGCGAGAGCGAGUCAUCCAUGGACCAGUUCGGCCGCUCCGGUGGCCGGCAGCGCUCCAACAACAGCUUGACCCUGGACACCGAGGUCGAGCAGUGGAUUCCACUGCAGUCCAGCUCAGGAGACAGCACCCCCGGGCACCUGGCCUACGAGCCCGGCGACCGGGUGACCGUCCUCAAGAAGGAUCCCUCGUCCAAGCGCUGGUACGGGUCCUUGCGCGGGGAAUUCGGCUGGUUCGACUCGUCCUUGGGGACGGUGUUUGUCCCGCCGGUCGGUGGGCCCUCAUCGCCGGUGGUGACAUCGGUGGCCUCGUCCACCGGGUUGGCCUCCUUCGACGGGGGGCCGGCCGGGUCUUCCUCCACCCUGUCGCUCUAUUCGAAUGGCGCUGGUGGCGGCGGGCCGGGCGGCGCCGGGGCCGGGGCCGGGCCGGUGCGGCUGGAGGGCAUCCUGGCCAAGCGGGGCCAGUCCUUUGGCCGGUGGCAGCGUGCGCGGUAUCUGCUGCGUGGCGGGUCCGUGUGGUAUUACAAGGGGGAGACGGUGUCCGGGGAUCCGGACGGGUCGUUCUCCAUUCGCGGGGCCCUGGUGACCCAGCACGACGACAUCCCCAAGCGGCCGAAUGUCUUCUCCAUCACCCUGCCGGAUGCCUCCGGGUCGGUCACCUCGGCCAAUGCCAAGCAGCGCUUCUUCCAGACCGACACCCCGGCCGAGCUGGCCGCGUGGGUGGCCAUCCUGACCGAGGAGUCGGCUGCCGGGGGGGCGGCUCAUUAAAAUGGUGGCAGGGGGGCGGGGGGCGGCAUGUGCGCGCCACGGACGCAUAUGCCCGUCCAUCCCCGGCCCAUCCGCACCCACUUCUGCUCCUGCUUCCAUUUCCUCUCUCUCUCUCUCUCUCUCC